AGUUUGGUUUUCCUACUGAAGGUAAACUUGCAUUCUGCCAACAUGCCCGAUUUAUCAUUGUACAAACAGACGGUCGAUUUGUACCUUUCCAUUGCUCCUGCGCAUAGCAGGAAUCCUCUUGCUGCCAUUCAUGAGCAUUUGGAUAGUAUGAUUCUCAGCAAAAUGCCUCGAAUCAAUGGAAUUUUGUUGGCAUAUGACAAUGUGCGAUUUUUGGAAAACAGCGGUAAAAUUAUGUACGAUUCUCCAUUUUCCUAUUGUUGGAUUCGUGUAGAUGUUUUAGUUUUCUCUCCAAAGAAAGGAGAUCAUCUUGAAGGAAAAAUUAAUUUGGUAAGCCCUAGUCAUAUUGGCCUUCUGGUAUUGGGAAUUUUCAAUGCUUCCAUUCCUCGAAAAUCCAUCCCUUCUUCUUGGUCCUUCAUUGAACCGGACACUACAGAAGAACAAGGCCGUUGGAAGACUAAGGAAAAGAAGACCGUUGAACCAGGCCAGUCUUUAGAAUUUCAAGUAGAUGGGCUUCAGCGAGAGGCUGGAUUGACAAUGGUACAGGGAACGUUGAUUGAAAAAUCUUAGUUGUGGAAUAGAUGAAAGGAAUAAGGAUUUUUUUUGGGGCUCGGGUGUAAAAUCGUAAAGCAGCUUUACUCGUAAUCUCUUUCCGAUUGCCAUUUGAGGAUAGCAGCUCAUUAUUAUUUAUAACUACUUGAAGAGUGU